ACAUCGGGGACGCGGAGAUAGAAGGCGCUAGGAGGUUGCGAAAUACGUCUUCGGAUCCUCCAUUCCCAGUGACCCAGUAGAUGCGACUUGUCCGCACUAUAAGACCCGUCGGCAAAGGCCCGUCCUCCUGGUUUUUCCAAGCUACACGUCCCCAGAAGGAAGGUCGGUCUCGAGGAUUGUUAACGGUUGUUUAUUGUCGUUUUGCAUCGACGCCGAGAAGGACGUACGUUGAAAGUUGCACGCCAUGAAGUUUAUCAUCUGCCUAGCGGGGCUCUUGGCGCUCUGCGCCGCCCAAGAAGAGCACAAGGUCACCGGCGCCAACAACCAGUUUGGAUUCAAGCUGCUCGAUAAGAUCCCAGUCUCACCACAGGUGAACCUCUUCUACUCGCCGUACAGCGUGUCCACAGCGAUGGCGAUGGCCUACGUUGGCGCCAGGGGAGAGACUCAGCGCGACUUGCACGAAACGCUGGGUUACUCCUCCGUAGGCUUGACGCCCGACCACGUACCGAGCGCCCACGCCCAGCACACGCACCUUCUGCGUGCGCCUUCCAACUCGACCCUUCGCGUCGCCAACGCAGCCGUCGUCCAAGAGGGCUACGUCGUGACGGAGGAGUAUCUGGGACUGCUGCGCACGUCUUUCGGGGCCGAAGUCAAUUCUGCAGGCUUGAACGAUGAGCAGUCCGUGAGAGGAAUCAACGACUGGGUCAAGAACAAGACGGAAGGAAAGAUCGAGGAGUUGCUCAGCGAGCCUCUUCCCCCUAACACGAGGCUGGUUCUCUUGAACGCUAUCUACUUCAAGGGUCUGUGGAAAACGCCUUUCGAAGUGAGAGGAACGUCGAAGGCACAAUUCUUCAACGCCGGAACCGAGAGAGUUGAAGUCGACACGAUGCACGCUCAGCUGAAUGCCGGAUACGCCGAAGACGACGAGACAGACGCCAACGUUCUCGACUUGCCUUACGCCGGGCUAGACUACAGCAUGACAAUCAUCCUUCCGAGACAGAGGAACGGAGUGGAUGCCUUGAGGCAGAAUCUUUCGUGGCCAGUCUUCCAACGCCUCAUAUCCAAGCUCAACAUGCAUGCCCUCGUUGAAGUGGCGCUGCCCAAGUUCAAGAUCGAAGGCUCGUACAAACUGAAGGCGCCCCUAUCGGCGCUUGGAGCCUCGAAGGCCUUCAACGAACGCCUCGCCGACUUUUCUGGCAUCAGCGGCUCACGCGACCUAGUCGUAUACGAAGUCGUACACAAGGCCGUGGUCGAGGUUAAUGAGGAAGGAAGCGAAGCUGCCGGUGCGACCGGAGUCAUCACCUACACCAAGAGCGCAACUUUUGGCAUUCCCUUCGUGGUCGACCAUCCGUUCCUCUUCUUCAUCCGCAACAGGCAAACGGGAGACGUCCUGUUCGCGGGUCAAGUGAACCACCUCUAGAGCGACGGCACGGCGUCGCUUCUGUUACUGUUUUCACUCGCGUUUAAUUGGGCGCAAAGAAGGUACGAAUAGAACUGUUCCGCCAAUCAACGAAGAGACAAGUUUUGAAAUAGACGUUAACUAAGAUAGGGAAGCUCUUUUUAUAAUAAGUGCUGAAAAUAUGCGCGAAUUGUUUUGCCCGAUAACAACAGGGUACGAUUGCAGCCGAGAAGCCGCUGACCACGCACGAGUUUCUUGUAUACGGAAUGACCACAAGUCGUCAGCUUCUGAGAAGCGGUUCCUGCAAUCAAUUAAGGCACCAUCAAUUAAUUAGAAAACAUGCAUGGAAAUAUGACAAACUGCGCGCGUGGUUACAGUGCUCGGGAAGUUGUUUUCUUGCUUUUGUUUUGUUGGAAACGUAGGUCUACGUUGUUUUUUUUUUCCUAGGCAUGUUUUUAUACAUACAAAACGUACGGGUGAAAGCGUAAUAAAACGUGUCUGUGGAAUGGAGUUUCGCGAGUUUGUGCGAGGCUGACUCGUUGCCGACUUCAGAUUUCUUCUCACGUCAAAACCAGUGACCAAGUAGAAAACAUCUGCCAAGGGAAAAUCCUAUACCACCACAAUCUAGCCGGACAAUUAUUGUGAAAACAAUUAAAAGCUCUAAACAAAG